AUGGCUUCCGGUAUUUUGGAUAAUUCGAGCGACUCUCCCGACGAGUCAAACGAUAGCUCUAUGGAAUUCUUUGUUAACGCGUUACACUUUCUUGAAGAUACGGCAACUUCUAGUGCUCCUCAAACUCGACGGUAUACGGAUCGGCAUCGGGAAAUUGGUCUUGAUACUCUUUUGAACGAUUGCCGAGAGUACCUACGCAGGCCGACGUCACACGACGUUGCACGCAUCUUCGAGGCCCACGAGCUUCGUCAUCAUAUGCCUGGGAUGCUUGGUAGCAUCGAUUGCACACAUGUCGAGUGGUCGGCAUGUCCUAGACGUUUGAGAGGGCAAUACACGAGGGGUGACCACAACGGUCCAACUAUUAUGCUUGAAAUCACCACGUCACAUGAUUUGUGGAUUUGGCAUGCUUUUUUCGGUGUCCCGGGGUCGAACAACGACAUCAACGUGUUGAACCAAUCCGAUUUGUAUGUUACAGCCCGUAACGGAACGGCUCCGGAUUCUUCAUUCCACGUGAAUGGGCGAGAUUAUAAACGUGGCUUAGUGAUGGGAUCUACAACAAGUGGUCAACACUUGUUAAAGCAUACCCGUAUCCAACCGACCCUAAGGAAAAAAGAUUCAAGAAAUUGCAAGAGGCGGCCAGAAAAGAUGUCGAGCGAGCUUUUGGUGUCCUCAAAGAGGGACGGAAAGGCAAUCUCACCGGUCCAUAUAAUGGACCCGCCAGUGCAACCGGUGUUCGAUGAAAGUGUGUAUGCGGAGUUGAUUGACGAAGAAGUUCACCAUCGCCUUCGAUAUGAUCUUACGGAGCACGUAUGGGCUCAAGAUUUGGCGUAUCUCGAUGAUUAG